AUGGCCCGCUCGAAAGAGCUCACGCCUGCUAUCCGUGAGCAGAGUCCGAGCGAUGCGAGGGAGCCUCAAAGCCCCGAUCCGGAAGGCCGAAAAAGCCUUCAGAGGCUGAAAAGAUGCCACCGGAACCCGAAGAUCAUGGCCGAUGAUAUGCUCGCUGAGGUUGACCACGAGGUUGAAUACCAGAACGUCUUUCGAAUGCCAGGAAUCUCCGCAAAUGCAUAUCUAGCUAGUAGCGCUCUUUCUUCAAAGAAGAACACGCCGUGA